UUGAUAAGGUAAAUACUGUAAAUAGUGACUAGAGGUAAGAUGCGAGUAAAUUGGACAAGUGUACUGAAAGGUAAUUACUCCGUAUGUAAGUAUAGAGAGCAUGUGGAAGGUGCAAGCUCCCAAUCAAAGUAGGGCGUGGAUGGGGCUCAUGCUUUUAUAUGAAGUGCCAGUAGGUACAAACAAUGCAUCCAUCUUUCACAAUCUCGCUGUAUCUAUAUAACCAGUUCAGGCAAUUGUGCUUAGUUUUUCGCGAUUGAGCUGACAAAAAAUAAGAACGGAAGCUUGGAUUUUUAGGGUUUUCAGGAAAUGGAGAAGUACGAGCUUGUGAAGGACAUUGGGGCUGGAAACUUUGGCGUGGCCAGGCUCAUGAGGAACAAGGAGACGAAGGAGCUUGUGGCUAUGAAGUACAUCGAAAGAGGCCGCAAGAUUGACGAGAAUGUGGCACGGGAGAUCAUAAACCACAGAUCACUAAGACACCCAAACAUUAUUCGGUUCAAGGAGGUGGUACUUACUCCAACUCAUCUGGCUAUCGUCAUGGAGUAUGCUGCUGGUGGAGAGCUGUUUGAGCGAAUCUGCAAUGCUGGAAGGUUCAGUGAAGAUGAGGCUAGAUACUUCUUCCAGCAGCUCAUUUCAGGUGUAAGCUAUUGCCACUCUAUGCAAAUAUGCCAUAGAGAUCUAAAGCUGGAGAAUACCCUCCUGGAUGGUCGUCCUGCACCGCGCCUAAAGAUAUGCGAUUUUGGCUACUCUAAGUCGUCCCUGUUGCACUCAAGGCCAAAAUCAACUGUGGGGACUCCAGCUUAUAUUGCACCUGAGGUACUAUCCCGGAAGGAGUAUGAUGGCAAGCUGGCAGAUGUAUGGUCAUGUGGAGUCACACUUUAUGUGAUGCUGGUUGGUGCUUACCCCUUCGAAGACCAGGCUGAUCCCAAGAACNAAAAAAACCCAAAGAGCUCAUUUGGUACUAAGUAUUGGAAUGACUAACUUUCUUUUGUUUUGGGUUGUUUGUGCAGCGUAUAAUGUCUGUGCAGUACAAGGUUCCGGACUAUGUCCACAUAUCACAGGAUUGCAGGCAUAUUCUCUCCCGCAUAUUUGUUGCCAAUCCAUCAAGGAGGAUAACAAUCAAGGAGAUCAAGUCCCACCCGUGGUUCUUGAAGAACUUACCAAGGGAAUUAACCGAAGUGGUUCAAGCAGCAUAUUACAAGAAAGAGAACCCAACCUUCUCCGUUCAAACUGUGGAGGAGAUAAUGAAAAUUGUGGACGAAGCCAAGAGCUCCCCACCAGCUUCGUGCUCCAUUGGUGGCUUUGGCUGGGGAGGAAAGGGAGAAGAAGAAGAAGAAGAAGAGAAAGAAGCAGAUGGCGGCGAUGAAGAGGAAGAAGAUGAAUAUGAAAAGCAAGUGAAGCAAGCACACGAAAGUGGCGAAUUUAACGUGUAGUAAAGUCAAAAGACGCCAUUUAUCUGCUUGCGGCAUUGUCUGGUCAGUAAUCUUGAAACCAGACUUAUUGUGUAUGUGUAAAUUUGUUUUGAUUUGAGGUAUUUAAAGUUUGUGAAAUUUGUAGGGUAAAGCCAAUAAGGCUUGUGAAUUUAAAAUGCAUUUGACAAAUGGGGAGUGCUUGUACAAUGCCAUGUCUUUGUAAAUUGCUGUCAUUGAGAUCAUAUUUAGAUAUUCUAUCUUGAAUAUUUUUUC